GUAGUUGGAUUCCUUCUAAUCCUAAUAUAUUUGGGUGGGGAAAUUGCGCCAAAAAUGAAAGUUGAAAAAGAAAUCGUCAACGGAAUUUUAGUUCUUAUAGAAUUUCGUCGAGAAAAGUUUAGCUCGGUCGCCAAUUCGUUUUCUAAGUGUUUUAAGUAAAUUUUAAAUAAUUUUAAUUAAAAAAUGGCUAGAGUUAGGAAGUGUCGCGUUCGCGAGUGUGAGACAGAAUCUUCCGGAAGAUUCUUCUCAUUCCCUAAAAGAGAGGAGGAGCUCCUGAAGUGGGUGGAAAAUUUACGCAUCCCACCAUCGCAGGAUUUACCCACCCACAAUGCAUUUGUUUGCAUUAAGCACUUCGAACAAAGUGCUGUGGGUGUGAAAAAGUUGAAGGCACAGGCUGUGCCCACCCUAAACCUUGGAUACGACGAACCCCCUAAGCAUUUGUGGACGACUCAAUUGCCGGUUCGAAGGUGCUGCAUUCCGAAUUGCGUUAACAGGCAGAAAACGCUCUACAAAUUUCCUAAAGAGAAAGAUGUUCGAGAAAGUUGGGCAAAGGCUUGCAACUUAGUUGUGUCGCCUUCCGAUAGUCUUUUUAUUUGUCGUAACCAUUUCGAUUCGCAGUACGUUACCAAAUUCAAACUAUUGCCUGGGGCUUUUCCCUGUUUCAGAUUAGGUUCAGCACUAAGUCGUAGCUCAUCUAGUGCUGACUCAAUUUGGGUGUGCCCGCCCGUUUCUAAAACUUAUGGUUGUCCUGAGGUAGCUGUAGGAAGUAAAGAAGAGAAGGACGACAUAACUUUGAGGGAAUUCGAAACAUAUUCAAUUUUAGAACAAAGAAGAUUAGAAUUAGAACCCCAAAAUGACGACGUAGGCUAUGCAUUAGAUAGUCGUGAACGAUUUGCUCGAUCGGCACGUUACUAUCAAAGUAAUGCGCUUAAAUUGAAUAAGAAGAUCAAAGAGUUGGAGGAUAAUAUUAAAGAUUUGGAAAAAAGGUAUCAAGACCUUAGUAAAUGUGCAAUAGUUGCGGAUGUAAAUUCAAGCAAAGAUGCUGUAACAUUCGCUAGGAUGAUCGUCGCGAAGCGCACUAUUUUCAGUGACGAUGAAAGGGCAUUGGCACAAAACAUUAAUUACAUGUCCAAUAAAUCAUAUUAUUUUAUGCGUGACGAUUUAGGUUUCGCUUUACCAAGCAAGAGCUCUCUAUUGCGAUGGCGCCUCAUAAAAACGAAAUUGCGUUCUACUAUUUGA